CCCUCCCCUCUGUCCUCUUUCAACUUUGUUUUGCAACCCUCGUCUCGUUCAGCGCUCGCUACCCUUCCAACCUUUUUCACCCUUCCCCUACCGCAUCCUUCUUCUACUUCUUCCCUCAUACCCCUCCUCUUCCCACGCAUCUCAAACUCUUCCGCGCCUGACCCUUUCACCCUGACGUCGCAGACGAGGUCUUUCGUUUUCCCCUCUUCUCACCCAACCCAUUUCACAACUACAAUCUUCUCUUUUCGUUCAAUUCCACCUGACGACCCCACGGAACUCAAGACGGCCUUUCUCGCAGCCUUCUUCUGUUUCGCGCCAUCUAAUUAAUAACGGAGAUACCCCUACCAAACUCGGAAGAGAGAAAGCAAGAGAGAAAGAGAGAGAGAUCGCAUUCCCUCCGCUCCCCAAAAAAAGACCGACCACGAGGGAUAGAAACAGCCUGAUCUGCCCCCUUAUCUUGACACCACCUGACACACGAGCCGACUUGUCGACCCUCUCCCCCAUUGUCUUUGUCAAUCAGUCAAUUUUAUGCCGACAGCCUGCCCCAGGCACCACUAAUUCUGGCACACAAGUCGACGCUGCACAUUCCAGCGCCCCCGACUCGCUCCACGCAGCAGCAACUUCGGCCGACUGCUCGUUUUAUUUUACCUUAUUCUUCUCCUCCUAUUUCCUUCUACAAUUACUCGGCGUGUUUGUUUCACAAACCAUACUAGCAGACCAACCACUCGUCUGCGCUCCGAUUUUCCACGGUCAACAGCAGCAGCCAGACCGCAUUGCCAUUACCGCCCACCGUCGCCCAGCGCACCUACGCCCCGAAGGCUAAUUUCUCUCGACCAGCCCGCUCUCGGCCAUUUUCGCCGAGCUCAAAGCGCAAGCCUGAAGCGCCAAUCGCAGCGUCCACUGCCCGUAUAAAUAGGGAACACCAAGGACAAAGACUUCCAAUCCAGGCCUAGCCAACCUACGAACGAUAAAAAGUCGAGUCCUCGGCCUUGGCGAUAGCCCUUCGACAGAAGGACUUACCCAUCUCACCAUUCCGCGACAUAUCCUCCACCUGAGGCCCAUUAAAAAUUGGAGCACCGAGCAAGGGAGAACCGCCCAUCUCAAUCACCCAGAUUUUUGACGACAUCGUCAACUCGUAUUCUCUCCUGAUCUGCGACAGACUCUUCCCAUCCUUCUCACUCUCUCGCACAGUCGUUCGCCACAGUCGUAGAGCGAAAACGAGGCACCCUUUUGCAUCUCAAAACGGGCAAAAAGGUCACGGGUGCAGCAGCAGCAGCAACCCGCCUCGAACGGAAUCCCCCUUCAUCCUUUAAACCCACAUCGGACGGCAUAGCAAUUAUGAGCACAGCGAUUGCAAUGGCUCCCUCUCCAGCCCCCCACGACAGACCGUCGUUCUCUUCUGAUCUCGCUCCGGCGUCUUCUGCCCAGCACGCAGCUUCUUCGCCCGCUCAGCAAAGAACUCUCGCCCCAACUGGAACCCCCAAUGCGACGGCACAUCGCUCAGGCAGCGGCAGCCCCAGAGGCGCCGCGCAAAUCCCCAAGCCAUCUCCUCCUAGCACUGCGCGACACGCCAAUGGCGCUCCCAAGAUUAUCGUGAAGAAGGAGCCCAACUCCCCAGACCUGCCAACCACCCGACACAGGCCCCGCAAACUGGAUCUGUCCAACAAGGGCGCUCAUCCAGGCUCCAACACUCCCGGAACCGCUAGACCUAUGACUGCCCGGGAGAAUCUGGGUAUCCAGGAGGUCGGCCUCGCCUGUCUCUCGCCUGGAUUUGUCACGCAAGACCCUGUCAUGAAGGAGCAGCUCCAGCGCAGCAUGAGCGUAAGGGAUCAGCAACGCAUGAUCAUCGAGCAGAGAAUGCAGCAGCAGUCAGCCAAGGGUGACGGUCCAGACACCUCCGGCAAGGACCCGGUGUCGCAAUUUGCGGCCAAGACCCCUGGAAUGUCUCGCAGAAACAAAGCUCAGCUUUCUAUUCUGCCGCCCUCGGCCGAGUCCUUCGCCAACGAGCGCGUCAUCCAGUCUGCUCCUUUGGGGCACUCCUUCACAGGUCGUCAACACCCCGCACCUCUGACCCGUCACAUCGCGAACCAACCGAAUACUCUGUCCAACACCUCCCACAUUCACCACGUUCCCGCCAACCAGACCAACAACCGCCUGCCCCCCAUCAGUGACGUCUUCGGCCAGGUCUCCGGUCAUCCCGAGAACGCCCCCAACUCGCUUUACCCUCAAAGCAGCUCGCGGCCCCCUAUGGCAUCGCCCGGCCAACCCCCCCAGAUGCAACACGGCCCCCCGACUUCUGGGCGUGCGCGGGAGUACAAGUCUGCCGAGGAGGCUCAGCAAGAGAUUGCAGGAGGUCGCCCCGAGCUGCUCCCUAAGAUUGUGCACUACGGAAACGCUCACCAGCCUCCUACGCCGCCCUCUCCCGCCCCGGGAAGUAGGCUGGUCGAUCCCAGUCGAAGCGCCAGCCGGCGCCGCACCCGUGCCGAGUAUGAGGAUGGCAGCCCACCCUUGGGUCACGGCCCGGCCCCACAAAGGAGAGGUCCGUUCGGUGCUGGCCGGGAUAGCCCCGAGAGCCAGAGAGCAAAACGCGAGGAGUUCAUCAAGCUCUGCGAGAGGGCUUGGGAUCUGUUUCACUCCUAGAGGUGCUGCUUUCCUAUGACUUUGAAUCUUCUUCCACUUGAGCAAGACACUUCGUGUGUCCUUGCUCCGUUUCAAAUACCAGCGGAACCGGAACCCGGCCCCGCACUUAUCGGUCUGAUCUUGACGACGUUGCAUGGGUUCGGAGCAGUUUGUUACACGUCCAAUGCUACUUUCUGCUGCUCGCCCCAAACCAGGUUCGGAAGAAAACAUCAGCAGGAGGAACUUGGGACUGGGAUUAAUGUCUGUAAGUGCCGAUGGACAUGGUUGCGUACCGCGACACGUCUCGUCAAUGAACGGAGCCGAUCAUCACGGUUAUCGGUUUUCUCACUCGAGUGAACUAAUGGACGAUGAUUUUCGCUUACAUGCGACUGAUGGGCACGAGGUGGUUGGCGCUACCGGCUUGGGGCUGUUUCUAUUCUAUUGGGGACUCAUUUGUGUCUUGGCGACGGCAGCAAUUUCAUUCUCGCACUGAUGGGCGGGAAGAUGUGCGCCAUGGGCGUUUAUUUACUAUGUCAUUCUUGUUCUCUCGGUGUUAAUGGGGAAAAUGAUGGGUUGGCACGAUAGUCACGAGCAGAGAAGUUGUAGAUCUCUGUAUGUAUUAUCUUGAGGUCGUCUGGAAAGCGGCCGAGGGCCACCCCCCUCGGUCGCGCAUAUCUCACUUGUGUUUUUAUGCUUGGGGGAGGGUCUGCCAACCUGUGCGCUACUUUGUCGCUUGGGAUCAUGUAAAUCGGAGCAGCGGAUACUGAAGACAUGGCACGCAUAUACAAAGAGGCCUUUGGGCUUUCCAUCUAAGGACGAUUGGCUUGUGGUCCCCUCGUGGUAUGCGGGGAUAAGUAUUAGAACAGUACAGCCAACAAGACCUUUCAACAGCCGGAAUCCUACCUACGAAUCUAGCCGCCG